UAUUAGCGUGAGGCUACGGAAGUAGCAUCAUUCACGGAUGCAGAAGGUGGGAGACAGGUGAACCUGGCGGUCAGCAGGUAAACCCGGCCAGUUAUGUUGAGGUGAGAGAAGAGCGGACAAGAGGAAGCAACAUCUGGAGCAACAUCUGGCUCUUGGGCGUGGGCCGCUGUGUUUAUGAACUGAAUAGACCGAGCUAACAGUAACAAAGCGUACCCGAGGCAGGGAGGACAGGUUUAACACACCUGUACGCCCCUGCCAGGUGAAACAUGGACUUCCUCACCUUGUUUGGGAUCUACGUCGCGGCAGUGCUAACCUGUAUGUUCCUAGUUUGUAAAUACUCCGGCCAGCAGCACAGCCCCUUUAACAUUCUGCUCAGUUAUGUUACAAAGGUAGUCGCACCGUUUACUCCUCAGUGGCUGCAGAGGUUUUCACACUGGAUCUUCCACAGACUCUUCCACCAGAGGAGCAGCUUGUUCAUUUACCUGCACAUCCUGCUGGAAGGCGCCGUGUUCGCUGAGUUCAGCUUGGAGGUGUUUGGGUUCUGCAGGGAGAUGGACAGCAGCCUGACCAGCCUGUCGGUUCCUUACGUCCUGCUGGCCAUCAAGACCUUCUUCUUCUGUCUGUGCAUCAAGACAGACCCAGGAACAGUCACAAAGAAGAAGGCCUCCAGCCUGAUCCCCAUCUAUCCGUACGACAGGCGGCUGUUCCACCCUGGAGUUUUCUGUGAAACGUGUCAACUUAUCAAACCGGCACGCUCCAAACACUGCAGAGUCUGCAACAGGUGCGUACAUCGCUUCGACCACCACUGCGUCUGGGUCAACAACUGCGUGGGCGCCAGGAACACGCGCUACUUCCUGCUGUACCUACUGAGCGUGUGCGGCAUGGCGCUGGCCAUCGGCCUGCUGACGGCGGACAUGUUGCUCCACGCCGUGCUGCGUUCAGGGCUGCUCAGAGCCAGCUACGUCGACGAGCGCGGCCAGCAGCAGCCGGCCGGGCCGCUGUUCAUCGUUCAGCAUCUGUUCCUGACGUUUCCACGGAUCGUCUUCAUGCUGGGCUUUGUGGUCUUCGUCUUCUUCCUCCUCGCCGGUUACACGAUGUUCCACUGUUUCCUGGCUCUGGUCAACCAGACGUCCAACGAAUGGUUCAAAAGCCGAGGCUUGGCGUGUCGCCGCUGCCGCCCGGCGCCGCAGGCAGACGGCCUCUGUGGCUCCGCCCCCGACCGCUCAGAGCGGUACUGCUACAGCCGGGGGCUGCUGGGAAACCUGCGGGAGAUCUUCUUCCCUCCGAACGCCGGCCAGAAGAAAGGCAACUGAGGUCUUCUUCGUCACCAACAACAGCACCAAGACCCGGAAGAUGUACGCCGACAAGCUGUCAGCCAGUGGAGCCAGGACGGACCGGCGCUGUAAACGCAGCUUCACCCUCCUGGGCGUCAUAAUGACCCGGCAGGAACCAAAACAAACUUUAGACACAGGAAGUUGCCUUUAUGGGUCUGACUUAAUUCAGUUCUGUUUAUUUUUAUAGGGUCAUUUUCUAGUUGCCAAAUAAAGAGGUCUUCAACAUGGGGGUCGCAACCCCUAAA